AUUUACUUGGAUUAUGUUCAAGAAAAAUGUCUUAUUGCUGAAUAAAAAUAGUUUUGAUAGAGCAUCUAUAUGGGGAAUUUGGCUGAUGCCUAUCCUGUUGGUAUCCCUGAAUUGUGACGUUUGGGGACUUGUGGUUAAGUUGGUGGACGCGAAGCUUUCUUUCCGGUCAAAGUUGCAGAACCGUCAGCAUGGGUAAGCCCCGUGGUUUAAGAACAGCUAGAAAACACGUGAAUCAUCGCAGGGAACAGCGAUGGGCCGAUAAGGACUACAAGAAGGCCCAUUUGGGAACGCGUUGGAAGGCCAAUCCUUUCGGAGGCGCUUCUCACGCCAAAGGCAUCGUCCUCGAAAAAGUAGGAGUUGAAGCCAAACAGCCAAACUCUGCUAUCCGCAAGUGCGUAAGAGUACAGUUGAUCAAAAAUGGCAAGAAGAUUACCGCUUUUGUACCUAGGGACGGUUGUUUGAACCACAUUGAAGAGAACGAUGAAGUAUUAGUUGCAGGAUUUGGUAGGAAGGGUCAUGCUGUCGGUGACAUCCCUGGAGUAAGGUUUAAGGUUGUCAAAGUAGCAAACGUGUCUCUGCUAGCCUUGUAUAAAGAAAAGAAGGAACGUCCUAGAUCAUAAUUUAUAGUUUUUUUAUGAUGUGAUAACUUGUAUAUGAAUAAAGAUACAAGGUUAUUUUUUGUUUAGGUUUGUGCCUUUCUUUAAA